UUAGUCCGCCUGGAAAUGGCGGCAUGGAGACUUAAUCCCCUGGGGAUGGAGCCUAAAUCCCCUUCUGCUGAGCCUAAAUCGUCUGGGAUUCAACUAAAGCGCCCAAAUCCUGGAGUUUUCCAUGGAUAGGGGCGGUACUGGAAAGGGCGGACGGUGACGCCACAUCGCCCCGCGCCUUUUCGGUCACUCCUGAGGCGGCUCUGACUUUUCCCGGCGCCGACCCCGGGGCCUGUUCUGGGCCGGGACCGGAGCUGGUCCCGGAGCUCCUUCGCCACCGGUGCGUCCCCAGGGCGAUCCCAAGGUGUCCCCAGUGAGCAUGGAGCCCCAAGAGCUGUCCCCGGCCCUACUGCAGCCACAGGUCACCGUGGUGGCCAUCCUGGGCGAGCUGCUGGACACCCUGCCCAGCCUGGACGAGAUGACUCUGCUCGUGUCCCCGUUGCACCUGUACUGGGACCUGAUGGACUUCACCAAUGAGCUCCGCGACAGCCUGUACCGCAUUGAUGACACCUGGAGGCACCGUAAUUUCAUCUCUGAUGAUGAUGACCCCCCCAGCUCCCUGAGCCAGGCCCUGGCCACCCACAAGAGCAGCCCAUGCACACGCUGGAUCUGUGUGCGAAUGAAGGCCUGGAAGUGGCCGCGGUCAGUGGCUGCACUCAAGGACAGGUGGGCCGAGCUUGCCAGGAAGGCCACCAAGCUCCCCAAUGCCUGCAGGGAUUUGGCCACCAAGGCAGCCGACAGGGCGGCCACCGCCACUGCCCGGGCCAGGGAGCUGCAGGACGAGGCUGCCCGUUAUUGGACAGCUCAGGAAAACAUGGUGAAGUUUCGUCAGGCCCUGGGCGGGGAGGACGGGGCUGAGGUGGUGGUCAGGCAUGAAGCCCAGGUGAGGAGAGACGCCAUGGUGGCUGCCAGCGAGGCAAGAAGGGCCACCAUGGUGAGACAGCGGCUGGAGGUGGCCUUGGGGCUGCUGGAGCGCUUGGUGGCCGCGUGUGACGAAGCCACCGUGUUCCCCCGGGAGCUGCAGCGCAGGGUUGGGCACAUUGGGUCCAUCCUGCACUGGAUAAAUCAGGCGCCCUCCAGUAUCCGUGAGGACUUGGUGGUCAAGGUGGCUGUGGCUGAGUGGCUGUGGGAGGCCAACGCCCACCUGGCCAAGGAUCACCUGGUGGGGACACUUCAAGACAUCAUCAAGUUCUAUUUCCAUGAUGGUCCCACCAGCUUUAGUGCCCGUGAGGUGGCUGAGCGGUGCCAAAGAGCCAUCGAUGACAUCCCAAGGCUCCUUCGACCCCCGGAUUGUCCCCAGAGUAUACCCAAUGUGUCCCCAGUGACCAUGGAGCCCCAAGAGCUGUCCCUGGCUCUGCUGCAGCCACAGGUCACCGUGGUGGCCAUCCUGGGCGAGAUGCUGGCCACCCUGCACAGGCGGGAUGAGAUGACGCUGCUGCUCAUGUCCACAGUGAGCCUGUACCGGGACCUGGAGGACUUCACUAGGGAGCUCCGGGCCACUCUGUAUCCCAUUGAUGGCACCUGGUGGCGCCAGGAUGUCCCCGUGGAUGAGGAUGACCCUCCGGUCUCCCUCAGCCAGGCCCUGGCCGCCUACAAGAGCACCCAAUGGACCACCUCGUUCCAUGUGGAAAUGGAGGUCGGGAAGUGGCAGCGUUCAGUGGAUGUACUUGCGGGCAGGAGGGCCAAGCUGGCCUGGGCAGCCACCAAGCUCUGCAACACCUGCAGGGUGAUGGUCACUGAGGCAGGCUACAGAGCUGCCACUGCCACUGCCCAGGCCAGGGAGCUGCAGGCCACGGCUGCCCGUUAUGGGACAGCUCAGGAAAACAUGGUGGAACUGGGUCAGGCCCUGGGCAGGGAGGAGGGGAUGGAGGUGGUGGCUGGACAUGGAGCCCAGGUGAAGAGAAAGGCCAGGGUGGCUGCCAGAGAGGCAACAAGGGCAACCAUGGUGAGACAGCGGGUGGAGGCGGCCCUGGGGCUGCUGGAGCGCUUGGUGGCCGCGUGUGACGAAGCCACCGCGUUCCCCUGGGAGCUGCAGCGCCUGCUCAGGGACACCAAGGCCACCCUGAAGGGGACAAAGAAGCAGUCCAUCAAUGUCCCCAAUGCCUUGGUGACCAAGGUGGCCAUGGCCGAGCUGCUGUGGAAGACCAACACCCGCCUGGCCAAGGAUCACCUGGGGAAGACACUUCCAGAUGUCAUUGAAUUCUUGUUCAAUGGUGGUCUUGACAGUCCCAGUGCCUGUGGGGUGGCUGAGCGGUGCCAAAGAGUCAUUGAGGACAUCCCAAGGCUCCUUCGACCCCCAGAGUGUCCCCAGGGUGUCCCCAAAGUGUCCCCAGUGAGCAUGGAGCUCCAAGAGCUGUCCCCAGCCCUGCUGCAGCCACAGGUCACCAUGGUGGCCAUCCUGGGCGAGCUGCUAGCCACCCUGCCCAGGCAGGAUGAGGAGAUGCUGCCCGUGUCCCCAUUGCACCUGUACUGGGACCUGGAGGAAUUCACCAAUGAGCUCCGGACCACCCUGUACUGUAUUGAUGACACCUGGAGGCACCAGAAUGUCACCGUGAAUGAUGAUGACCCUGUCACCUCCCUGAGCCAGGCCCUGGCUGCUUACAAGAGCAUGCCAUGGAUCUCCCAGAACCCUGUGACAAUGGCAACCAGGAAGUGGCAAGGGUUGGUGGCUGCACUUGUGAACAGCUGGGCCGAGCUGGCCAGGAAAGCAGCCGAGCUCCGCAACACCUGGAGGGAGGUGGUCACCGAGGCGGCCACUGCCCGGGCCAGGGAGCUGCAGGAUGAGGCUGCCCGUUAUGGGACAGCUCAGGAAAACAUGGUGGAGCUGGGUCAGGCCCUGGGCAGGGAGGAGGGGGCCGAGGUGGUGGCUGGGCAUGAAGGCCAGGUGAGGAGAGAGGCCAGGGUGGCUGCCAGCGAGGCAACAAGGGCCACCAUGGUGAGACAGCGGGUGGAGGCGGCCCUGGGGCUGCUGGAGCGCUUGGUGGCCGCGUGUGACGAAGCCACUGCGUUCCCCCGGGAGCUGCAGCGCAGGGUUGGGGACAUUGAGGCUGCCCUGAAGGGGACAAAUGAGGUGUCCUGUGAUGUCCCCAAUGCCUUGAUUGCCAAGGUGGCCGUGGCCGAGUGGCUGUGGGAGGCCAGUGCCCGCCUGGCCAAGGAUCACCUGGGAGGGACACUUCAAGACAUGAUCGACUUCUAUUAUGGUUGUGCUGCUGACAGCCCCCGUUGCCGCAGGGUGGCGGAGUGGUGCCAAAGGGCCAUCGAGGACAUCCCAAGGCUCCUUCGACCCCCUGAGUGUCCCCAAGGUGUCUCUAAGGUGUCCCGAGUGAGCAUGGAGCCCCAAGAGCUGUCCCCAGCCCUGCUGCAGCCACAGGUCACCGUGGUGGCCAUCCUGGGCGAGCUGCUGGCCACCCUGCCCAGUCUGGACGCAAUGAUGAUGUUGCUCCUGUCUCCAAGCUGCCUGUACUGGGACCUGAUUGACUUCACCAGGGAGCUCCAGACCACCUUGUAUCGCUUUGAUGCCGCCUGGUGGUGCCGCAGUGUCAUGUUCAAUGACGAUGACCCUCCCACCUCCCUGAGCCGGACCCUGGCUGCCUACAAGAGCACCAGAUGGACCACCUGUUUCCAUGUAAGACGGGCGACCAGCAAGUGGCAGUGGUCAGUGUCUAUGCUCAUGAACAGCUGGGCCCAGCUGGCCAGGGCAGCCACCGAGCUCCGCAACACCUGCAGGGAUUUGGCCACCAAGGCGGCCGACAGGGAGGCCACCGCCACCGCCACCGCCCGGGCCAGGGCCCUGCAGGAUGAGGCUGCCCGUUAUUGGACAGCUCAAGAAAACAUGGUGGGGCUGGGUCAGGCCCUGGGCAGGGAGGAGGGGAUGGAGGUGGUGGCCGGGCAUGAAUCCUGGGUGAGGAGAGAGGCCAUGGUGGCUGCCAGCGAGGCAACAAGGGCCACCAUGGUGAGACAGCGGGUGGAGGCAGCCCUGGGGCUGCUGGAGCGCUUGGUGGCCGCGUGUGACGAAGCCACCGCGUUCCCCCGGGAGCUGCAGCGCCUGCUCAGGGACACCAAGGCCACUCUGGAGGGGACAAAGAAGCAGUCCAUCAAUGUCCCCGAGGACUUGGUGGCCAAGGUGGCCGUGGCCGAGCGGCUGUGGGAGGCCAACGCCCGCCUGGGCAAGGAUCACCUGGUGGCAACACUUGACGACAUCACCAAGUUCUUGUUCCCUGGUGGUCUUGCCAGCCCCAGUGCCUGUGAAGUGGCCGAGUGGUGCCAAAGAGUCAUCGAGGACAUCCCAAGACUCCUUCAACCCCUGGAGCGUCCCAAGAGCAUCCCCACGGUGUCCCCAGAGACUAUGGAGAUUGAAGAGCUCUCCCUUGCCUUGCUGCAGCCACAGGUCACCGUGGUGGCCACCCUGUGUGAGCUGCUGGCCAACCUGCCCAGGCAGGACGAGGAGAUGCUGCUGCCCAUGUCUCCAGAGGGCCUGUGCUCGGACCUAAAAAAUUUCACCAGAGAGCUGCGGGAGAGCUUGUACUAUAUUGAUGACACCUGGUGGCGCCGCGAUGUCACCUGGGAUUAUGAUGACCCUCCCACUUCCGAUGAUGAUGAUGAUGAUGAUGAUGAUGAUGAUGACUCUUACACCUAUGAUGGUGAUGACCCCCCUACCUCCCUCAGCCAGGCCCUGGCUGCCUAUGAGAGCACCCCAUGGACGCGCUGCAAUCAUGUGACAAUGGAGGCCAGUAAAUGGCAGUUGUCAGUGUCUGUGCUUGUGGACAGCUGGGCCGAGCUGGUCAGGAAGGCCUCCAAGCUCUGCAAAGCCUGCAGGAAGAUGGCCACCGAGGCAGCCGACAGGGCAGCCACCGCCACCAGCCGGGCCAGGGAGCUGCAGGCCAUGGCUGCCCGUUAUUGGACAGCUCAGGAAAACAUGGUGGAGCUGGGUCAGGCCCUGGGCAGGGAGGAGGGGGCCGAGGUGGUGGCCGAGCAUGAAUCCUGGGUGAGGAGAGAGGCCAGGGUGGCUGCCAGCAAGGCAAGAAGGGCCACCAUGGUGAGACAGCGGCUGGAGGCGGCCCUGGGGCUGCUGGAGCGCUUGGUGGCCGCGUGUGACGAAGCCACCACGUUCCUCAGAGAGCUGCAGCGCAGGGUUGGGGACAUCAAGGCUGCCCUGAAGGGGAUAAGUGAAGCAUCCCCCAAUGUCCCCAAAGACUUGGUGGCCAAGGUGGCCGUGGCUGAGCGGCUGUGGGAGGCCAACGCGCGCCUGGCCAAGGAUCACCUGCUGGGGGCACUUGAUGACAUCACCGCCUUCGAUUGCCAUUUUCGUGAUCUCAGCUGCUUUGCCGAUGAGGUGGCCGAGCGGUGCCAAAGAGCCAUCAAGGACAUCCCAAGGCUCCUUCGAUACCUGGAUCAUCCCCAAGGUGUCCCCAAGGUGUCCCCAAUGACCAUGGAGCUCCAAGAGCUUUUCCCGGCCCUGAUGCAGCCACAGGUCACUGUCGUGGCCAUCCUGGGUGAGCUGCUGGCCAACCUGCCCAGGUGGGACCGGGAGGCGCCCAUGUCCCUACAGUGUCUGCGCUGGGACUUGGAGGAAUACUCCAGGGAUCUCCGGGCCACCCUGCACUGCACUGAUGACACCUGGUGGCACAACAUUGUCACCUCCCACGAUGAUGGACCUGUCACCUCCUUUAGCCAGGCCCUGGCCGCCUUCAGGAGCACCCCAUGGCCCCCUCAGAACCGUGUGACAAUGGCAGCCAGCAAGUGGCAGCAGUCGGUGGCUGUGCUUGUGGACAGCUGGGCCCAGCUGGCCAGGAAAGCCACCCAGCUCCGCAACACCUGGAGGGAGGUGGCCACCGAGGCGGCCGACAGGGUGGCCACUGCCACUGCCCAGGCCAGGGAGCUGCAGGACGAGGCUGCUCGUUAUGGGACAGCUCAGGAAAACAUGGUGGAGCUGGGUCAGGCCCUGGGCAGGGAGGAGGGGGCCGAGGUGGUGGCCAGGCGUGAAGCCCAGAUGAGGAGAAAGGCCAGGGUGGCUGCCAGCGAGGCAAGAAGGGCAACCAUGGUGAGACAGCGAGUGGAGGCGGCCCUGGGGCUGCUGGAGCGCUUGGUGGCCGCGUGUGACGAAGCCACUGUGUUCCCCUGGGAGCUGCAGUGCAGAGUUGGGGCCAUCGAGGCCGCCCUGAAGGGGACAAAUGUUGCGUCCCCCGAUGUCCCUGAGGACUUGGUCGUCAAGGUGGCUGUGGCCGAGUGGCUGUGGGAGGCCAACGCCCGCCUGGUCAAGGGUCACCUGGAGGGGACACUUAACGACAUCAAUGCGUUCUAUUACGGUUAUGGUCAUAACAGCCUCCAUUACCGCGGGGUGGCUGAGCGGUGCCAAAGAGUCAUCAAGGACAUCCCAAGGCUCCUUCGACCCCUGGAGUGUCCCCAGAGCGUCCCCAGGGUGUUCCCAGUGGACAUGGAGCCCCAAGAGCUGUCCCCGGCCCUGCUGCAGCCACAGGUCACCGUGGUGGCCAUCGUGGGCGAGUUGCUGGCCACCCUGCCCAGUCUGGAUGAGGAGAUGCUGCUGGUGUCCCCAGGGUGCCUGUACUGGGAACUGGAGGAAUUCACCUCGAAUCUCUGGGUCACCCUAUACGGCACUGAUGCCACCUGGUGUUGCCGCAAUGUCACCUCCAAUGAUGAUGACCGUCUCACCUCCCUGAGCCAGGCCCUGGCUGCCUACAAGAGCACGCCAUGGACUACCUGGGAUGAUGUGACAAUGGUGGCCAGCAAGUGGCAGCAGUCGGUGUCUAUGCUCAUGUACAGCUGGGCCAAGCUGGCCAUGAAGGCCACCAAGCUGUGCAACACCUGGAAGGGGGUGGCCAAUGAUGCAGCUGACAGGGUGGCCUUCUACAAUGCCCGGGCCAGGGCCCUGCAGGACAAGGCUGCCCGUUAUGGGACAGCUCAGGAAAAUAUUGUAGAGCUGGGCAUGAAGCUUGGGUGA